GGAAAUUCACCUCUGGUGCGUCAAAUUGCCCUCCUUCUCCUCCUCCACCGCACGCUCCUCUUCCUCUGCUUUCGCCGAUCCCUCCCUGCUCACCUCCUAUUGGUCGCUGCUGAGUCAGCAGGAAAAGCACCGGAUCGCAUCGUCACCGCCGCAUCAGCAGCACGCAGCCGCCACGCUGCCAUCCCCUCGCCUGCUGGCGGACGCCUAUUGGCUGAGCGGCGGCGACUCCGUGCCGUCCCCCUCGCUGCCGUGGCCGCUGUCCCCCGCGCAGCUGCAGCAGCUGCUCACGCGCGCCCUCGUGCGCGUCUCGCUCGCCCGCUACCUGGAGGGGCGGGUGCACCCGGGAGACAUUCUCUUCCGCGCCAACCCCUGGGGCAAGCCGCAGGUGUGCUGGGCCUCCACCUUCAACCCUGCCUCGCCCAACCCACGCACCCAGCCCUGGCAGGAGCAUGAGAAGGAGGGGGCAAAGCAUGCAUCACAGAGGAGCAGCGCGGACAGCAGAGAGGCAGGGCAGGCGUCUGUGAGCAUGGAGAAGGCAGGUCACCCCUUGCAGUGGCGGCGCGAGGAAGCUGCUGAGACCGCCACGGACAGGGAAUGCGGGAGUAAGAGUGCAGGUGACACGGUGACUAGUAGCAGCAAGAGUUCUCUUGACACCCGCCGUGAUGACUCGUGCACAACCAGCAGCAGCAGCAGCAGCAGCAGCAGCAGCAGCAGCAGAAGCCCGGGCGACAGCAGCAGUGGAGCAGUGGCGUUGCAUUUCAACGUGAGUCACACGGAGGGUCUGAUCGCCGUGGCGGUGACGGCCGCCAUGCCCGUGGGCGUGGACGUGGAGGGCACCGCUCGCUGCCCCCGGAGGGGCGUGCUGCCCGUGGCCCGCCGGCGGUUCGCUGCGGAGGAGGCGGCGUGGGUGGGCGCGGGGCGCGAUGAGACGGAGCGGCAGCGGCGCUUCGUGCACCUGUGGACGCUCAAGGAGGCGUACGUGAAGGCGCACGGGAGGGGCAUGAGCGCGCUGCCCUUCCGCUCCUUCGCCUUCCGCCUCUCACCGUCGCACCAAGCUGCCCUCGCCCUCCACCACGCCCUCGCUCCCCCUCGCCGCGCCCACCAGGCGUGGGCCAUAGGCCUCACCCACCACUCCAGCCCCGCCCCUCCUCUGCUCGCCUGCGACCAACCAUCCCCCGGUGCCUCCCCUGCCACUCACUCUUUGCCUCAUGCCUCGUCGCACGAGAUGCUCGCCUGCGAUGUUGAUGUGGCGCAACCAGAGAGCGCCAUGUGGCGCAGCAUGCUUGUCCAGCUGUCGCCAGCCCACGUGCUUGCUUUGAGCCUGGGCUGCCAGCAUCUGCCCCACCACCAUGCCUUGCGCCUGCAUGCGUGGAACACUGUUCCUCUCCUAAGAGAUGAGUCUGUUACAGACAUGUCGGGGCUUGGCAUCUCACUUUAG